GAAAGAGUAAGCGGACGCCCACCAAGCGGUCUUGUCAUCAUUCCCUACCAGGCUGCGGCGCUCAAAAUGGAGCCGCCCACAACUGGGCCUCAAAAUGACAGUGAAAGCGGCCCUGUCGAGUCCUAUGGAGAGCAACUAUACAAAUACACAUUCGAUGAAGCCCGACAAGAACCCCGCUUUCUCAUCUUCCGGGGCCUCCAACUGAUGAACAUCUUUAACAUGCAAAACGACCUGGCAAAGCUCAAACACGAUAUCAUGACAACAAGAACCGCGACACCCCAGCAAACCGAGUCCCUCACCAGGGUCCUUCACAACUACACAAACGCAAUCCGCGAUUACGAAUACCUGACCCGCCUCACCCCCAUCACCGGCUCGCAAGCCCGCCGCGGCCGCCUCGACCUCGAACGCGUUUUCGGCGAUGACGACUACCAGUUCAUCGACGAGGCUGGCGGCUACCGCCGCUUCGCCGAUCCCUCCCUGCUCCCCAGCGACAACCUCCGUGAGGCGUUGAAGCGCCACCUUCCGCGCUCCGUGACCUACACCAGGUACGACAUCCAGAACCGCACCGACGAGUACUUUGGAGGCGAACCGCCCGAGCAGGUGUCCCCGCUCGUUGACAGGCUCGCGAGGUUUCUCGUGGCGUUUCUAGGCGGCGCGGCGUUGGUCGUGCCGAUGAUGGUGAUGCGACUGCCCGAGGUGACGGUUGUCAAGAGCCUGGUGACGGUGAGUAUCUCGGUUUUGGCGUUUGCCGGAGCCUUAUCUGUGCUCUUCAAAGCGAGUAAUACGGAAACAAUGGUUGCCACGGCGACAUAUGCGGCGGUGUUGGUCGUGUUUGUGGGCGUCUCGGGUUAAGGGUUAUUUAUCGCAGAAUUAUCAGCAGACCUCCGCAGGUCCCGGUGAUCAGAAGCGUCCCUGCUGCGGGACAGCCCUUGUCAGUAACAGGUAUAAAAACAGCAAUAUCCCUCCAACCCUGCACCGCCAGACACAUCUCAGCCGGGGUGUGGGAAGCCCGGGUUGCGUUCAAUUUAUCCAGCGCGUGGUCGCCUUGCCUGGCUGCCCCUCCUGCUCGUUCAUUACCGGAGCAUAGGUAUGCUCCCAAUAUCACACACUGUGGUUAUUCGCCG